AUGUCGCUCAAAGGAUCUACCCUUGGCUUCACGCAAAACCCUGGUGACAAGAACUCUGCGCUUGCGCCCAUCUCGUCCAUGCUUCCACUUAACCUCUUGGAUCGUCAUGGGGCGCAACUCCUCUUCUUGUACAAUCCCUCGCUCUUCUACGAGGAGCUUCUCGGCACGUUCGACGGAAAGUUCGAUCCCAUGGAGAAAGUUGUAGUCGUGGUCGACACCGGCGGGUGUGCGAAGCUUCGAGGGGGCAACGUAGGCUGUCGCAUCGCGUUCGCCAGAGCAUUCAGACCAGGCUUUGUGUUUUUUUACACAUCCGAGUGA